UUUCCUUCACCGCAUACCGAGCCGGUACGACACAGACAGCUGCCAAAACUUGGGCUCCCCGGGUUCCGGCGCGCCGUCGGCGGAAGAGCGAAAGCUAGAGACCAAUGGCGACCACGACGACGGCCGGCCUGACACGGCGCAGGGGCGGAGGCGGGGCCGGCGGUGCGGGCGGGGGAGACGGCAACGGCAUUGGCCCCUCCUCGCGGACCAAUUCGUCGGUCAACGUCCGGGACCACACAGGGCCCGAGACGAGCUACGAGAGCGGCGAGAACGGACACCGGAUCGCCUACGACCCGCGCGAUAUCAGCGAGAGCGCCGAGCGCAGCAAGCAGCCCAAGCUGACGCUCAUGGAGGAGGUGCUCUUGUUGGGGUUGAAAGAUAAGCAGGGCUACCUCUCAUUCUGGAACGACAACAUCUCCUAUGCCCUCCGCGGGUGCAUCGUGCUGGAACUCGCCUUCCGCGGCCGGAUAGCCAUGCAAAAGACGCCGUCGCGGCGGAACUUCCCGCUGCCCGACCGCAUCAUCGAAGUCAUCGACGACACCCUGACAGGCGAGGUGCUUUUAGACGAGGCACUGAAGAUGAUGAAAACGAGCGAGAAGAUGAGCGUCAGCAGCUGGAUUGACCUUAUGAGCGGCGAGACAUGGAACCUGAUGAAGAUCGGCUACCAACUCAAGCAGGUGCGCGAGCGGCUGGCCAAGGGCCUAGUAGACAAGGGCAUCCUGCGGACCGAGAAGCGCAACUUCCUCCUCUUCGACAUGGCAACGCACCCGGUGGUCGACAGCGGCGCGAAGGAUGAGAUCCGGCGGCGCGUCCGUAACGUGCUGACGCAGCGCACCGUCGUGCUCAACAGCUCGCAGUGGCUACCCGAGGGUCUCGAGUUCCGUUACCUGCGCACCGUGGCCAUGGUCUGCGCGGCCUACGCGGCUAACGUCCUCGAGAACGCGCUGUCGACGCUCGGCCACGAGGCCAGGGAGAAGGCCUUCAACCAGACGGACGAGCUGCUCGCCGACUACAGCCAGUGGCCCUUUGGGAGGAAGGCGACCAUGAACGAUAUCGGGGAGAACCUGCCGCAGGUUAUUGGCGAGGUGCGCAAGGCCCCUUUGAACUAAACCUGACAUCCCAUCCUCCCUUGUCCGCAAGUCAAUUACUGACGCCCGC